GUUUCACUGCAUAAGAAAAGUGCUCCUUCUUGAACCCAUUUAUUUUCUCCAUUUUUAGAUUCCUGAGAAAAAGAAAAAGUUUCUCUCCCACCAGUUUCAUGCAUUAAUUUUAAAAUCCGGAAGUUUAGCAGCCACAUGCACUAAAAACUAGUCCACUGCCAAGUCGUAUGCAAAUGUACUCCAAAUAUUGCACGUGGAGAACACGUCGAAAUAGACCCAUUAAAGUAAAAACAACAUCACCCCCGCACUCUCCCUCAACUCAAGUACUGGAUUCAUAAAAUUAAUAUUUAUGGAACCCAAUGGCUCCACAUGCAAUGCAGUUAAACAGUGAGAAAUGAAUAAGGCCUCUCUUUUUACUGUUUUAACACAACUCAAUUUGCCUGUCUGUGGAUGUCUCGUCCGCAUUGAAGUUUUUUUUUUUUUUUUUGCGCAAGAACAUGAUGCAAUACAGCGUUUUGUCUCCGGUUAUCAUCCAGAAACCGUGUGAUCGUCACUGCGUCUUUACUUGCAUCUUUUAUUUGGGAGAUGAAUUGCAUGAGUGUAGCAGCUCUUUUUUGUUUCAUGGAGGUGUAACUAGUCGGUUAGGAGGGCGUUUUGACUUGCAAAGCAGCAUGUGAUCCCAGCUGGAAACAUUUCUGUUGUUCUGGAUGAAGCCCCAUUCAGCCCUGGAGAGAGGGAGGAGGAGGGGCGACAGGGAAUCCCAGGAAGAGCUUACAGAUCUCGCACCGCUGCUGUCGCACCGUCCACUCUUCCGAGUCCCACCGAGGAGACAAAGCGUUCGGAGAGAAAGUCAGGACGUGAUUCAACUCCGUCGAUGAUGCUCCGUCGUCCAGCUCUGAUGUCAGUCCGGCUCUCUCCGGGAUGAAGAGCGUCUCUGCGCAAAGCUCCUCCGCUUCGAACUGACUCAAGCCUCCCGGUCGCGGUUGUUUGGGGACGAAGGCGGUCGUUAUUGUGUCUGUAAGCAACCGAGCUCAGUACUUGGGUUCGGGAUUCGGACACUCUUUCGCGGACUUGAGCGGUUCUCGGCCUCACGGAGAGCGCAAACCUCCGCUGGUGAUCCAGGAUGCUCCAGCUGCCACCAACCUGACUGACGAACACCGAGGCAAUACGUGACCGGAAAGCUUCCUUCCUCCACUGAGUCUGGCUCGAUAUUAAUGUGUUUGCGUGGCAGCGGACCAUCUCUGCGUGUGCGCCGGAACAGUGCCGCUGCUACUGGGCGAGCAGCUCCGCUGGAUGCCGCAGGGGGACCGGACUCUUCAUCGGGGUCAGGAGAUUGAUUUAGUGAGGGGAAAUCCCCCGCCGGGGGUCUUGAUCAAGACAUGGACGACUCGGGUAUAAUUCGGCGCCGGAGGCUGCAAAAGGAUCUGCCACUGCCUCGCAAGAGCAGCAGUUGUCGAACAAACAACAGGAAGAGUUUGAUCCUGACCACCACCUCCCCCACACUUCCUCGUCCACACUCUCCUCUGCCGCUACCUGGACACCUCGCAGGAAGCAGCCCUCUGGACAGCCCGCGGAAUCCGGCCCACUUUUCAUUUACCUCCUCUAAAAGAGCGGAUGGACGACGGUGGUCUUUGGCAUCUCUGCCCUCAUCUGGUUACGGCACUAAUACUCCCAGCUCUACGUCGUCCAGCUCGUCUCAGGAGCGGCUGCACCAGCUGCCCUUCCAGCCCACCAUGGACGAGCUCCACUUCCUAUCCAAACACUUUGGCAGCACGGAGAGCAUCACCGACGACGACGGCGGCGGCCGCUGCUCGCCCCACAUGCGACCUCGCUCCCGCAGCCUCAGUCCCGGACGCUCAUCAUCCUGCUACGAUAAUGAGAUUGUUAUGAUGAACCAUGUGUACAAGGAGAGAUUUCCAAAGGCCACCGCCCAGAUGGAGGGCAGGCUGGCUGAGUUCAUCCAUGCCUACUCCCCUGAAAACGUCCUCCCGCUGGCCGACGGCGUCCUCAGCUUCAUCCACCACCAGCUGGUGGAGCUGGCCAGGGACUGCCUGACCAAAGCCUGCGAGGGUCUCAUCACCUCCGUCUACUUCUUUGAGCUGCAGGAGAAUCUGGAGAAGCUUCUGCAUGACGCCUUCGAGCGGUCCGAGAGUUCAGAGGUCGCCUUUGUGACGGAGCUGGUGAAGAAGCUCCUCAUCAUCAUCUCGCGGCCUGCCAGGCUUCUGGAGUGUCUGGAGUUCAAUCCAGAGGAGUUCUAUCACCUCCUGGAAGCGGCCGAAGACCACGCCAAGGAGGGUCACCUCAUGAAAACUGACAUUCCCCGAUACAUCAUCAGCCAACUGGGGUUGACCCGAGACCCUCUCGAAGAGAUGGUGAACCUGGACAGCUACGACAGCGAGGGACCUCUCACUCCAGAAACAGACGACUCGACAGAGGGCAAAAUGAGAGCAAUGAAGCCUCCAGGAGAGGCUGACUUCCAGACCAUCAAGCUCAUCAGUAACGGGGCGUAUGGUGCGGUUUAUCUCGUCCGCCACUUGGAGACACGGCAACGUUUCGCCAUGAAGAAGAUCAACAAGCAGAACCUGAUUCUGAGGAACCAAAUCCAGCAGGCCUUUGUGGAGCGGGACAUCCUGACCUUCGCUGAGAACCCUUUUGUCGUCUCUAUGUUCUGCUCCUUCGAGACGCGGCGCCACCUGUGCAUGGUCAUGGAGUACGUUGAAGGCGGGGACUGCGCCACCCUGCUGAAGAACAUCGGGGCUCUGCCGGUGGAGAUGGCACGCCUAUACUUUGCAGAAACGGUGCUGGCGCUGGAGUACCUGCACAACUAUGGCAUCGUCCAUCGUGACCUGAAGCCGGAUAACCUGCUGAUCACCUCCAUGGGUCACAUCAAACUCACAGACUUUGGACUCUCCAAAAUGGGCCUGAUGAGCCUCACCACUAACUUGUACGAGGGUCACAUAGAGAAGGACACACGGGAGUUUCUGGAUAAACAGGUGUGCGGAACUCCGGAGUACAUUGCUCCCGAAGUCAUUCUCCGCCAGGGUUACGGGAAGCCGGUGGACUGGUGGGCCAUGGGGAUCAUCUUGUACGAGUUCCUGGUGGGCUGUGUUCCUUUCUUUGGGGACACGCCAGAGGAGCUCUUCGGCCAGGUCAUCACAGACGACAUCGUGUGGCCCGAGGGCGACGAGGCGCUUCCUGUCGACGCUCAGCACCUCAUCUCCUCGCUGUUGCAGACCAACCCGCUGGUUCGACUGGGAACAGGUGGUGCUUUUGAGGUCAAGCAGCACUCCUUCUUCUCAGAGGUGGACUGGAACAGCCUGCUGAGACAGAAGGCGGAAUUCAUCCCUCACCUGGAGUCAGAGGAGGACACCAGUUACUUCGACACGCGCUCGGAGCGUUACCACCACGUGCACUCGUACGACGAGGACGACACCAAUGACGACGAGCCCGUGGAGAUCCUCCGCUUCUCGUCCUGCUCCCCGCGCUUCAGCAAGGUGUACAGCAGCAUGGAGCACCUGUCUCAGCUGGAGCACAAGCCUCCCACCGUGACUCUGCGGGAGCACAAGGUCCCUCGGGAGGAUCGAGUGGCCAAGAGAGAAAGCCUGGGAAGCCUCACACUCAGAGACAAGAGCUGGAGGACGGGAUCACCUGAGAUGAAGCGCCUGUCCUGCUCCGAGUCCUCCUUCAACGAGAGCGACUACAGCCCCCCCUCGGGGGCCCGGAGGCGCUUCUCCGCCCUCAUGGACACCCAUCGACUGGCCUCCCCGCUGGAGGUGGACGCCGAGCUUCAGCUCCCCUGCAGGCAGCCGCCGGUCAAAGCCAGAGGAACCUCACUGGAGGGAGCCAUGAGUGCUGUUGCCUCUCAGGGAGACCUGAGAACAUUCCUGAAGGAGAACAAUGGACUCGCCGCUGGAGUGAGUCCUCCCAUCCUGGGGCUCCCUGAUCCUCUUGGGUGCCGAGGAGGAACCACAGAUCUGGUCCUACGAAGAGUCCGUCAUCACCAGCUGUCGGCGGAAGGAGAGAAGCGCGGCGCGCGGCCUGGAGGCAAAGUGAUCAAGUCGGCGUCAGCGACCGCCCUGUCGGUCAUCAUCCCGGCAGUGGAGCAGCACGGAGCGUCUCCUCUGGCCAGCCCCAUGUCUCCACGCUCGCUCUCCUCUAAUGCCUCCUCCAGAGACUCCUCGCCCAGCAGAGACUACUCCCCGAUGGUCAAUGUCCAGCACUCGCCGAUCACCAUCCACCGCUCCGGGAAGAAGUACGGCUUCACUCUGCGGGCCAUUCGGGUCUACAUCGGAGACAGUGACGUGUACAGCGUUCACCACAUGGUCUGGCACGUGGAGGAGGGGGGUCCAGCUCAGGAGGCGGGGCUGAGCGCUGGGGAUCUCAUCACCCACGUGAAUGGCGAGUCAGUCCACGGUCUGGUUCAUACCGAGGUGGUGGAGCUCAUUCUGAAGAGUGGGAGCAAGGUGACUGUGACCACGACGCCAUUCGAGAAUACGUCGAUAAAGAUCGGCCCCGCCCGCAAGACCAGCUAUAAGUCCAAGAUGGCGCGGCGCAGCAAGCGGAUGGGAGCCAAGGAGGGUCAAGAUAAGAAACGCAGCUCCCUGUUCCGGAAGAUCACCAAGCAGUCCAACCUGCUGCACACCAGCCGGAGUCUGUCCUCCUUGAACCGCUCGCUGUCGUCCGGGGACAGCUUGCCCGGCUCUCCCACCCACAGCCUCACGGCCCGCUCCCCCACCCAGAGCUACCGCUCCACGCUGGAGUCCACGCACCUGGGCACCUCGUCUCAGAGCAGCUCGCCAGCGUCCAGCACGCCCAACUCGCCCGCCGCCUCCCACCACAUGAGGCCCAGCUCUCUGCACGGCCUGUCUCCCAAACUUCACCGCCAGUACCGCUCGGCGCGCUGCAAGUCAGCGGGCAACAUCCCUCUGUCCCCCCUGGCUCACACGCCCUCGCCCACCACCUCCUCUCCUCCCCCGCUUAGCGGCCACAUCGUGGGCAGCUCCAACACCACUCAGAUCUUCCCUGUCAAGCUGCACUCAUCCCCACCCGUGGCCCGGCCUCGACCCAAGAGCGCCGAGCCGCCCAGAUCCCCGCUGCUGCAGAGGGUGCAGUCAGCUGAGAAGCUGGGAGCCCCCGUUCUGCCCUCCUCUUCCUCCUCUUCAUCCUCACCUUCGCCCCUGAUGGGUGGCGUGUCUUUACGCAAGCACAGCUUGGAGGUGGCACACGGAGACUACAGGAGAGAGUCCUUCCACUGUGAGCACAGUUUACAAAGUCUGCUGGAGAUGGAGGGAGAGAACGGACCCGCUCCUCCGUCACCGUCAUCCUCUUCAUCACCGUCGCCUCCACUGGGGGGGGAGGUCGGCGGUCUGAAGCCGGCGAGGAGGCUGGGGAGGCAGGAGUCGCCGCUGAGCCGAGACACGAUGGCCACCGUCAAGGCGACUGAAACCAGAACAGAGACUGCAGCAGAAGCCAAGACUGAAGCUGCUGAGAGUCUAACCAGCUCUGCUGUUCUGAGUCAAGCUGCUGAGAGCAACGGCACGGAGGCAAGGCCGAGCUCCACUGACAAACCUUUGAGCUCCGGCACAGUGGACGUGUCUAAGAGUAGAAGCUCAGAGAGGAAGAGUCUGAAUCAGCAGAGCAAGACGGACAGUGUCGGCGUAACGAAACCUGAGGACAGAGGGAAGGCAAACCUCCAGAAACAAUCAUCUACGGAUCAAUCCAAGACGCGCAAGGUCACCGAGGCCACGGAGAGGGGAGGAGGUGGAGACAGGAAGGUGGAGAAAGCAAAGGGUCCCACACCCUCCACUCUGGCGACGGCUCAGACCCAACACACGACCCACCCACCUGCUCCGCUCCGCUCCAAGGUUGACAAAGUGUCGCACGGUUACCGCAUCAGCAAGGAGGAGAGGUCACACCUGGAGGUGCUGGAGGAGAAUCCCAUGUCCCCGUCCUCCAACGCCGCCUCGCCCUGCUCGAGCAAGUCUCGCCCUGUGUCCCCCGGCGACAAGUCCAGCUUCGUCACGCAGCUCACCACCGUCGCCAAAACCGUGCUGGGGCCGAUGAAGGGCGCAUCACAGGAGGGGGCGAAGCUGAAGGACAGCAAGUCCAGCGAGGAGAAGAGGGCGGCAGUGAAAGCAGAGGGGUCCAGUGGGGGCGGGCGUCGGGGCGCUUCGGCAAGCGGGGCAUCUCUGGACAGAGGGAACUCACGUGGCUCCAAAUAUCACUCGUGAUCGGUACUCCAGAACGGAAUGCCUUCAGCUGCAGCGUCGGACCAACAUAUCGCCCAUCCACACCUGUGUGACGUGGAAACGAAAUGCCUGAAAUAAAAAGACCAAAUAGAAAACAUAAA